AUGUCCGUAGCGGUCUUGGAUGGCGCGCUGGGGGUGCUUGGAGAGUUUAUGUCCUUGAGGCCGCCAUCGCCGGCCUCGUCACCUUCACCCCUGGAAGUUCUAGGCGACAAUAAUUCCAAAACUAUCGGAAAUAGAAAGUCAAGGGAUGAUCUGACAGCAGCGUGCACAGCUCUGAAAGGAAAACCUGGGAUGAAGCCGAACUCUUCCAGGAGGUCCGGCUUUGCCCUGUUUGCGCUAGAGGGAGCCGAGCAGGUAUUGUGGGGAGACACGUUCAGUCCAGCCGCGUUUCUUCGCAAGUCGUGUGAUGCGCUUGAAGAAUUUCCAGAGGACUCGGGCUUUGACCACUUCUUGGCGCCUCUGAUUGCCAGUUUUCUACUGUGCUCCGCGCAAGGCACAGUCCUGUCAAUGCAGGGAUGGCAUGCAGGUUUUAACAGGGACUUGUGCAGGUGA